AACAGCGCCCCUCCGAUCCGCCUCCCCAAACCUCACCAAGCAUACUGACAGAUCGACCUUCGAUUCACAUCGCAUGUCGAGUUAAUCUAGAAUGAACCGUCGCGAAAGAAAGAAUGGACAAAUUUCCUGGUCAUGCACAACAUGUCUCCAUAGACAUUCGUAUUUCAGCACUGCUUAUUCAAGUCUUCUUCUCGGCUUGAGUAGAUGCGCUGUUGUUGGUAUUGUUCGAUGCACCAGCAGAACCCUGGCCAUGAAACGGCUCUUCCCAUGUCCUCUCGCCGUACCAACGCUCCAUCGCUGGCGACGAAGGCGAUACUGGGACCUGAGUAGUCGUAUUGGCUGAUCCAUUCCCAUUGGCCUGUCGGAUUGUUAGCGGAAGUCCCAAGGCACAACGAG